CCGUCCCUCCCGGGCAGCGCGGCUCUGAGAAAGCAGAAGCGAGUCCUGCUGCGGGGAGUCCCACCGGAGCCGCGAUCUGGGAAGAGAAACUCGCGCCCCGCGUCGUGGGAGGAGAGGCUAGGGCUGCUGCCGGGACCGCUCGUGGCCGUCCCCCUCCCGGGGUCCUGCGGGUCGCAGGCGCUUUGAAGAUCUGGGAGGAGGGUCCCUGGGUCCCGGCGUGCGGGGGGGGGGGGCACCGCAGGGCCCGCCCCUUCUCGUAGGAUUGGGCCAUUUCCCGCGCCGCGCCCUUACCGCUUACCGAGGUGCGCCCGCCCCGCCCCACCCGGCUCUCCGCUAGCGCCCGGGGAAAGCGGCCGCCCGCGCAGCGUCCCGGCGGGAACGGGACCAGCCCCGGGACCUCGAGAGGCCGCCACCGCGGAGCCGGAGUCCCGACCUUCGCCCCCUCCUCAGCACUCCUGGGAGCCCCAGCCUCACGCGACCCGGCGAGCGACCCCGCCCGGCCCCCCGCCGACUCUGCCGCGCGCCCCCGACACUCUAUCGUGCCUCCCGGGACCCCAGACGCCCGACACGCCCGUCCUGCCCCCCUCCUACCCCGCGCCAGGUGCCCCCGACCCUCUCUGGGCCCGGACCUCCUCCCGGUCCCCGGGGCGGCGGGGUCAGGUCCCUCUGGAGCCGCAGCGGCGGGCCCGGCCGGAGCGCGCCAUGCGGCGGCAGGUGCUGCGGCCCCGGCUCCCGCUCCUGGCGGUGCUGCUGCCGCUGCUGCCGCCACCCGCGCGCGCCCCCACGGCGCAGGACGUGAGCCUGGGCGUGGACUGGCUGACCCGCUAUGGCUACCUGCCGCCACCCCACCCCGCCCAGGCCCAGCUGCAGAGCCCUGAGAAGCUGCAGGAUGCCAUCAAGGUCAUGCAGAGGUUUGCGGGGCUGCCCGAGACAGGCCAAAUGGACCCAGUGACAAUAGCCACCAUGCAUAAGCCCCGCUGCUCCCUGCCAGACGUGCUGGGGGUGGCAGGGCUGGUCCGGCGGCGGCGCCGGUAUGCUCUGGGUGGCAGCGUGUGGAAGAAGCGAGUGCUGACGUGGAGGGUUCGUUCCUUCCCCCAGAGCUCCCCGCUGAGCCCGGAGACCGUGCGGACCCUCAUGGCCUAUGCCCUGGCCGCCUGGGGCGUGGAGUCGGGCCUCACAUUCCACGAGAUGGAUUCUUCCCAAAACCUGGAGCCCGACAUCCUCAUCGAAUUCGCCCGGGCCUUCCACGAGGACAGCUACCCCUUCGACGGGAUGGGGGGCACCCUGGCCCAUGCCUUCUUCCCAGGGGAGCACUCCAUCUCCGGGGACACUCACUUCGAUGAUGAGGAGACCUGGACUUUUGGGUCAAAAGAUGGUGAAGGCACCGACCUGUUUGCUGUGGCUGUCCAUGAGUUUGGCCAUGCCCUGGGCCUGGGCCACUCCUCGGCACCCAACUCCAUUAUGAGGCCCUUCUACCAGGGCCCAGUGGGUGACCCUGACAAGUACCGGCUGUCCCAGGAUGACCGGGAGGGCCUGCAGCAGCUCUACGGGAAGGCGCCCCAAACCCCAUAUGACAGGCCCACGAGGAAACCCCUGGCGCCUCCUCCCCAGCCCCCAGCCCUGCCGCCGGACAGCCCCUCAGAACCGGUCCCUGAUCGAUGUGAAGGCAAUUUCGACGCCAUCGCCAACAUCCGGGGGGAGACCUUCUUCUUCAAAGGCCCCUGGUUCUGGCGCGUCCAGCCCUCCGGACAGCUGGUGUCGCCCCGGCCUGCCCGGCUGCACCGCUUCUGGGAGGGGCUGCCCGCCCAGGUGAGGGCGGUCCAGGCCGCCAACGCCCGGCACGGAGACGGCCGGAUCCUGCUGUUCAGCGGCCCCCAGUUCUGGGUGUUCCAAGACCGGCAGCUGGAGGGCGGGGCGCGGCCGCUCACGGAGCUGGGGCUGCCCCCGGGGGCGGAGGUGGACGCCGUGUUCUCGUGGCCGCUGAACGGGAAGACCUACCUGAUCCGGGGCCAGCAGUACUGGCGCUACGACGAGGCGGCGGCGCGCCCCGACCCGGGCUACCCGCGCGACCUGAGCCUCUGGGAAGGGGCGCCCCCAGCCCCGGACGACGUCACCGUCAGCAACUCAGGUGACACCUACUUCUUCAAGGGCGCCCACUACUGGCGCUUUCCCAAAGGCAGCGUCAAGACCGAACCCGACUCCCCCCAGCCCAUGGGGCCCACGUGGCUGGACUGCCCCGCCCCCAGCUCUGGCCCUCGGGCACCCCGUCCGCCCAAGGAGACCCCCUGCGACUGUCAGUGCGAGAUCAAUCAGGCCGCUGGGCGGAGGACCGCGCCCCGCCUGCCGCUGCUCCUGGCCCUGCUGGCGGGGGCCGUCGCCUCCCGCUGACGGGACGUCCCGGGCCUCCUACUCUGCAAGCGGCCGGAGCCCCCACCGCUGGAGCCCCCUCGCGCGUCCCCAGGGCCCGGGGCUCGCGCGGACGGCGCGGGGCGGACC